AUUUUUUCUAGCUUUUUGAACCUCAAACAAAUGUUCUUUUCUUGAAAUACUUAACUAAACUGUUUAUCAAAUAAUUCAUUAAUUUUUUUUUUUAAUAAGAUAAGGAGAAACCUUGACAAAUUGGGGGAAUAAAGGGGACCUCAACUUGUUAAGGGUGAGAAUCGAUGUCGGGACCUCUUGAAACCGGGAGGGAAGCUCUCACCACUAGGCUAUCCCCCACUCUCGAACAACUCAUAAACUAGUAACGUCUCAAUUUCAAUUAUUUAUCAUUUUCAGUUGCUGGGUUUUUAGUUCAGCUAAUAUACGGGUUUGACUUCUUCUUGAGCUAGUGGUAUCUAAAAUAGCUUUUAAAAUCCUGAAAACUGCCCAGUUGAUCAAUAGAAGAAUAUAUUUGACUUGAGAAGGCAUGCAACUUGUAAAUUUCAUGUCAGCUCACACAUGGCUAUCAACUAUCAAGCAAGCUAGAGCAUGUAGGGCUGGUCAAAAAAACUUACUCCUUAUUUUUUAAGUUAAAUAAAUAAUUGAUUAUAAUAUAAACCACAAAAUAGAAGAAUCUCCAUAUAGUAGUUGCAAUGCAAUUAAAUUCUCUACGUUACUACCCACCCCCACCCCCUCCUGCAAUUUCCCAAGUUAAUUCUCUAUUUCGGUCACAACUUAAUUAGUCUUGUUCUUCAAAAUACCUUGCGAUGGAUAUUGUAAGUGGUACGGCAAAGAAAGGCAGAGGAUUGAUUCGCCUACAAGGACUACAGUGGACACAUUGGUUCGCCAGAAUUGUGAUGCUGUGGGUGAUGAUGGUAUACUUGUCUGAUGUUUGGAAGCUCGAUCUCAAACAUGCGGCUGCAAUUAUUAACGUAUGGAGGGGUUCAGCUAAAGUAUUGGCUCUUGUUCUUGUCUAUGUUGCGGAUGCUUUUCUAGGUCACUUUUGCAUCCUCUUCCUCUCCUGUCUUUCGAACGCACUUGGACUGGGGUUAUUUUGGAUGUCGACUCCACCAGUUCUAGCCAAGUCAUAUGGUAAUUGCGCUGAAUACAAGCCUGAAUGUAUUGAAGGCCGCCAAAAACAACUCUUUUAUGUGGCGUUAGUCUUUACAGCAAUAGGAAUAGCGGGUCACGUAGCUUCUUUCGACUUCUUUACUGAAAAGCAAAUAAAGAGUAUCUUGGCAAAUGUGUAUGGUAUGCUCAAUAAUAUUACCCAAGAAGAUGUCGACGAAGAUCAGCAUCAGGAUAACCGAAAUCUAUCUCCUAACUCUACGAAUUUCGGCAUCUCAUCACCCUCCUUUCCGCGGCUCUUCCUUUGUAUUUUUUGUAAAUGUUGCGGAAGCUUUCUCUUCCACUUCUUCAGUAUCACCAUUGUUGUCGUCGGAAUCCUAGUUGUGGUGUUUGUUAAGCCAUGGGGUGUUCGAUUUGGAGUUUCUGCCAUAUUUGCGAUUUUUUCAUUUCUUGUUUUCUUAAGCGCCGUUUGCUCUUACAAGUAUGUUGGACCUCGAGGGAGCCCCUUUACUACAGUAUUUCGGGUCCUUUUUGCUGCUUCCGCCAAUAUGUUUUAUAAGCAGCCGUUGGACGUGGGUGAACUAUAUGAAAAUUCUUCCCUUGGCGAAACUACUUUGUUGCCUCACACCAAUGGUCUAAGGUGUCUCGACAAGGCUGCUAUUAUACUACCAGAACCAAGUCUUAAUCAACAAGAAGGAAGUAGAUGGAGGCUUUGUAGGGUGACCGAAAUUGAAGCAACUAAGAUAUUUAUACGAAUUGUUCCUUUGUGGAUGACCUUCAUACUUUGCGGACUUAUAUCUUCCUUAGGUGAUACAUACUUCAUGGAGCAAGCAGAGAAUAUGAAGACUGAAUUAGACCCUUCUUUAGUCUUUUUGUUCUUCAAUGUGCUCGCAAACAUACUUUUCUCUAAGCUCUUUGAAAUGAUUGCCGAUGAAAUCGUUGGCACCUCAAGCUCUCGUAAACGAUGGGUGCCUCCUGUCGGAAUUGCAGUGGCAAUGGUAUGUUCUACAUUAUGUUGCAUCACAGCCGCAAUGGUAGAGAGAAAAAGGCUGGAAAUCGUGAAACUUCACAAUCUACUCGACAAGCCAGACGAAAAAACACCUAUGAGUAUAUUUUGGCUUUUGCCACAAUUUUCUUUGCUUGGUGCCUUAGAUGGAAUUCUUGAAGCGAGUGCAAUUGAUAUUCUUUCGGAUCAAUUUCCGGCACCUAUGAGUCGUUAUUCUGUACAUUUUGCGUUGGGAGCAUCCGGAAUCGGUUACAUGGUGAGUCCAAUCACAGUUUAUUUAGUUGGAAGGAUUAGCCAAAAAGUUACCGGGGAAAAUUGGUUCCAAACUUCAUUUAACAAAAGUCGCUUAGACAACUAUUUCUGGGUCUUAGCUUCACUAAGUGCUGCAAAUCUUCUUGUCUAUGUCGUGGUGGUAAGCUUUUAUCGCUUUAGAGAAUCGAAAAAAAACGUUUUCGACAAGCCACCAGCAGUGUUACUGCGCCAUAAUGAUCCAUUGGGUUCCUUUUUCGCAAUUUAGAUUAAACACAAACAAAUAUGUACAAAUUAUUAUACUUAUUAAGAUUUUGAAGAAACUUUGUCUACCCAGUGAGUAAAUCGACCCACUAGAGAUGACAUUAUUAAUUAGUGGAAUACAACUCAAUUGUAUAUUUUUAGUGGUUACUGGGCUUUUUUAUAGGUAAUAUAAGGUAAUAUAUAUGUUAAUGGUAGCAAUUAGAAUAUUAAUUCGAU